AUGAUAGAGGAUCUCCAAGUCAAUAGAGUACAAGAUCUGGGUAGACUCGUCCUUCCGGUUGUGGCGCACUGGGACUGGGGUUUCUUUCCGUGUGUUUUUAUUCGAUAUCUCCCGUUUGCACUGAUUAUGGUUAGUCCAAUAAUGGAACUGGUCAUAUUCCGAGUAGCACGCCACAUAAAUAGGUAUAACGAGUUGGAAUUCUCGAUAUCACAAGAUUAUCUUUCGAGCAGGAGGAAUAUGGCAAUUCCAAGUUUCACGACACUUGCUAUAUCUUACGUCAAUGUAGGCGUCAGGUUAGAGGAAGCUGGGGAGGGCAGCGAUUCCCAUAAAAGAUCCGCACUUGAAGCAAGUCUAAGCAAAAAGUCGGAUAUGUUCUCGUCUCAGAUCCAACUGCUUAUCCUCGCGCAUUCAGCCGCGAGCUUCAACAUGUUAGAUGUAAUUUACCUCCUAGAUGGUAUGAAUCCUUCAGUCGAUGAGUAUUAUCGUAUAAAAUUUAGCCUUGUAUUCGUAUUGCAUGGUCUGAAUCAAAAGCAGCCCAAUUCUCUUAUUCAGUUAAACGGUAUACAUUUACGAGGGGAUUAA